AUGAAAAAAAAUAUAUCUUAUAAUAUUCAAACAUUGACAGAUAAAGAACAACUUAAACAUGAACUAUCCUAUACUUCUAUUAAACAUUUUCUAUUUGAAACAUCUUUAAUCAAAAAUGUUAAUUUUAAUGAUCGAUUUCAAUUUCCAAUCUUGUACCAAGUUGUAGAUGAAAAAUGUAUAGAAUUACAAGAUCAAGGGUUUGGUGAAGUAGAACAAUCAAAAGGGUUAACAAAGGAAGAGAUUUAUCAAAUUUUAUCAUAUCUUAAUUCAGAUAACCAAACAGCAUUACGACUUACACAGAAAGUAAUUUUCUGGAAUACAUAUUUAUUAGGAUUAUGUGGUGGUGAUCACUAUCAACUUCUCUUAAGUUGUUUUGAGUUUCAACCAGAUAGAAGCUUGAUUUUUAUGAUUGGAUGUGAGAAGAACAAUCAGGGUGGACUUAAAGGUUGUAACAAAUAUAGAAAAUUUUCUAGUCGACAUAUAUAUAUUCCUGAAGAUUUAUUAAACAAAGAAUACAAACCUGUUCAAAAUCUUCAAAAUUAUAUAAAUAUAUAUCCCCCAGAUGCAUGUGAAAAAUUUUAUUUGCUAUUAACAAGAAAUUUACAAGAAAUUCAAGAUGAAAACUGGUUUCUUAAAAGUGAGUUUGGAAAACAUAUAUUGUCUAAUAUGAUGAACAAUAUUGCACAAGCUUUUAAAAUUAAUAUUACUGAUUAG